GGGAGGGUCGGGGGCGGAGACGGUGUCAGCCAAUGAUUUGAAAGAGCUAGGAGGGCGGGUUUAAACCCGCAGUUGCUAAGAGCUGCCCCAGUGGUGGCAUGUUUCGGCAGCGGGAGCCCGCGGAAGUUAAGCAACAGAGAGGCGGGCCUAGAACCGGAAGCAGGAAGGAGGGCGCAGGAAGUGGGGCGCCGCUGCCAGUCGCACUGCCUGUCCGCGGGUUUGCCUGUGUCCAGGGUGGGAUGGAGAAGCUGCGGCUCUUGGGCCUCCGCUACCAGGAGUAUGUGACUCGUCACCCGGCCGCCACGGCCCAGCUGGAGACGGCGGUGCGAGGCCUCAGUUACCUGCUGGCAGGUCGCUUCUCCGAUUCACAUGAACUGUCAGAACUGGUGUACUCGGCCUCUAACCUCCUUGUGCUGCUCAAUGACGGGAUCCUGCGGAAGGAGCUUCGGAGGAAGUUGCCUGUGUCACUGUCCCAGCAGAAGCUGCUGACAUGGCUGAGUGUGCUGGAGUGCGUGGAGGUCUUCAUGGAGAUGGGGGCUGCCAAAGUGUGGGGCGAAGUGGGCCGCUGGCUUGUCAUCGCUCUCAUCCAGCUGGCCAAGGCCGUCCUGCGGAUGUUCCUGCUGCUCUGGUUCAAGGCUGGCCUCCAGACUUCACCCCCCAUUGUUCCCCUGGACAGGGAGACGCAGGCGCAGCCCCCGGAUGGUGACCACAACCUGGGCGACCAGGAGCAGUCCUAUGUGGGAAAGCGAUCCAACCGAGUGGUGCGCACCCUUCAGAACACUCCGUCCCUGCACUCCAGGCACUGGGGAACCCCCCAGCAGCGGGAGGCUCGGCCAAAGCAGCACGGCGAGCUGAACGUCCCUCCAACGCCCCUGGGGCUGCAGGAGACCAUCGCAGAGUCCUUGUACAUAGCACGGCCUCUACUGCACUUGCUCAGUCUGGGGCUCUGGGGUCAGCGGUCUUGGACACCCUGGCUCCUGUCUGGUGUCUUAGAUGUGACCAGCCUGAGCCUCUUGAGUGACAAGAAGGGCCUGACCCGGAGGGAGCGGCUGGAGCUGCGGCGGCGGACCAUCCUGCUGCUGUACUACCUGCUGCGCUCCCCGUUCUACGACCGCUUCUCUGAGGCCAAGAUCCUCUUCCUGCUGCAGCUGCUGGCAGACCACAUCCCUGGUGGCAGCUUGGUGGCGAGGCCACUCAUGGAUUACUUGCCCACCUGGCAGAAAAUUUACUUCUACAUUUGGGGCUGACAGACAUCCGGGAGUGGGGCACAGGGAGGGCGGAUGCAGGGCUGCUGCUCCAGGCAGGGCCCGCCUCAGCCUGUGGUGCUCCGGGCCCCUCUUCCUAAUAAAACUGACUGGCAGUGUCCAA